UAAGGACACAAAUCCAUAUAUUUUGCCCCCAGCUGUAUGGCCAACUACUCUGAUAAGUUCGACGAGUCCUUUGCCGCGCAUUUGCCGAUGCCCGAAAAGGGUGAGUAUAUUUGGCCGCAGACAAACAACGCGCGCGGAAAUGCGAUGGCACUAUAUCGCAUCAUAGUCACCUAUAAUCGCCACGGAUUAGGCCCCAUCUCAAGCUCAGCACUGGUUGUAUGGCCAGCGGUUUGAAUCUGGAUAUCUCCCCUGAGAGAGUGCGCUGCAUUUCCUAUACAUGCGGAGGCACUCGGCAUCUUCUUUGAAGAUAGCAUUAGGCUGUCAACGUCUUGUUCAUAUCCAUCUUCCCAAUGACUUGUAGUUGAAGGUGCUGUGGAAGUCUCUCGGGUGAAACGC